AUGGCAGCGGUUGAAUUGCACAAACUCAACGGUGACACGUCGUGGCUGUUUCGUCUGCCCUGUUUGUCAAGCGUGGAUGCUACCGCUACGUUCUACAACGUGAUCCUCGAUCCAUGGCUGCAUCCGACGCCGCAGACUGACGGUUCGCCGCUCUUUUCUCGUCAGACACGUACCGAGCCUGCAGCCUUUGCAUCGAUAGGAGCCCUCGAUGAAUGGCUUCGAGAUCGAAGCCAAGGUGAGGAACGAGUAGAUGCGAUCCUCUUCAGCCAUUCUUUCACCGAUCACAUUCAUCCCCAGACUCUCGCCGAUCAUGCUUCAUUGGCUGUGCUGCGACGAGUUACGGUGUUUACGACCACAGAUUCGUCUGCCGCGUUGAGAUGGCUCAAAGUCGCUGUGGACCAUGAAAAGGUUGUCAAUCUCUGUUCGGUUGAUUUUGGGCACGAUACAGAUCAGAAUCGAGUCCUGCCCCAGGGGAUAUCAGUACAGCAUCUGCCGGCUAAGGAUUGGGCAUUGAGUCCGGCUUGGUCAAAACUGCACGGUGCGAUUCUGAUUAGGUGUCAAAAUACAGCCCGACCCGUCCAAAUCGUAUACUCGCCCCAUGGAAUCACACCUACCUCACUUACCGCAAGUGUCAGACAAAACGACGAGGAUGCCAAACGCAUUCUCAUCCACAGCUUCGACCGUCAAACCCUACCUUUGAUCGGUGUAGUCUCGUGUGGCUUGCCCAACAUCUUACAACUGAUCCCAGCGUUCAAGCCGCAUCUCAUACUGGCUACCCACGACGAGCAUAAGCAAGCAGAAGGCCUGGUUGGACAUCUUCUCAGAAGGGAGCACUUCUCUUUGGAUCAGGCUACCCAGCUUGUGUCGCGGCUUCGAGCGCCCACUGUAAAAAGGCUGCAUUGCGUCUUGAAACAAUUGGCGCCUGGCGAAAGUAUUUGCAUCGUCUAG